AUGACAAGAGGCGAGCGGCUAGAAGGCGAAUGGAAAUCACUACGUGAUAAACCCCAGGUCAUUGUGAUGUCCGGCCAUGAGACCAUCCGAGUGCUUGAGGUAGAAGUGGACACGCCACAGGAUGUAAAAGGAGAACUUAAGAGCGAAAAUGGAGAGAAAUCUGACUGCCACACGCCUCUGGACCAGAACACAGGGGCAGUGGUUUUGGGUGAGCAGCUCCCAGCUCCAACCGUUCAAACCUUGGCACAGUCCGUUCCCAUCAGUGUGGCCCUGCCUCAAGCCCAGACAACAGUUCCCAUUACUGUACAAAGCUGUCCACAGCUGCUGACACAGGAGAGCCUGGCCUCCCUGAUGACUGGUAUGAUGGCUCAGGCGGGGACGCUGGGCCAGCCCCUGCUCAUCCCUGUGAACAUGGCAGGAUCUCUGGGUGCACAGAGCAGCCUUGCAGUUCUCACUCUGCCCACCUCCAACGUGGCCUCGCUGCCCGGCCUCACUGCUGCUACUACAGCCGGGAGUCUGCUCAAGCUGCCCUUUGCCGGCCUCCAAGCUGCUGCUGUGCUGAACUCGGUGCAGCCUCAGGUUCAGGCCGGUGCUCAGACUGUUUUCUCGUCUGCACUUCAGCCUCUCCCAGUCAGCACAGUUCAGUCCACUCCAGUCUCCACAGCAACGGCCACAACACCCGUGUCUGCCGUGUCCCAGUCCAUCCCAGUGGCCGCUCUUCAAACCGCCGGCCUCUCCAUCAACCCGGCCAUCAUAAACGCAGCCACUCUCGGAGCACAGACUCAGCUCCUCGGGUCCAUCGGCUCCACUCCCAUCUUCACCAACGCCAUGUCCAACAUGACCGGAAUCACCACCCAGAUCAUCACCAAUGCACAAGGACAGGUGAUAGGAACCGUGCCGUUGUUGUUGAACCCGUCUCUGACUGGAGCCCCCUCCCUCCCGCUGCAGGGAAUCCAGGGCCUCCAGGGGCUGCAGGGAAUCCAGGGCCUCCAGGGGCUGCAGGGGAUCCAGGGGCUGCAGGGGCUGCAGGGGCUGCAGGUGCAAACGGUUGCCCCUCAGAUCCUGUUCAAUAAUCAGGGGCAGAUCAUCGCAACUGUGGGGAACGGAGCCACUGCAGUUGCUCCGUCAGCGUGUGUGCAGCCGAAGACCACCGCGGCUUCACUUCUGUCCAAGUCCAAUGCACAGGCCUCCAUUACUGCUGUCAGUCAGUCUGCGGUCGUCAUCGCUCCCUCUCCUUCUGUUCUGAAGUCUGCCUCCACACUGUCCUCCGCUGGGCCCAUCAGCUGCGGAGACGUGGCCAAAGUAGGACAACUCAUCAACAAGCCCCAGCCUGCAGUCAGCAGUGAGGAGGGCAUCAACCUGGAAGAAAUUAGAGAAUUUGCCAAGAAUUUCAAGAUCCGCCGCUUGUCCUUAGGUCUCACUCAGACUCAGGUGGGACAGGCUUUGACCGCGACUGAAGGCCCAGCAUACAGCCAAUCUGCGAUCUGCAGAUUUGAGAAGCUGGACAUCACCCCUAAAAGCGCUCAGAAACUCAAACCAGUUUUGGAGAAGUGGCUGGCUGAGGCCGAGCACUGGAACCAGAAAGGACAGCAGAAUUUAAUGGAGUUUGUUGGCGGCGAACCUUCAAAAAAGCGGAAAAGGCGAACGAGUUUCACUCCACAGGCAAUUGAAAUCCUGAACUCCUACUUUGAGAAAAACGCCCUCCCAACUGGUCAAGAAAUCACUGAAAUUGCUCGUGAACUCAACUACGAUAGAGAAGUGUGCUGUAGCGAACAACACCGACAUGAUGCCGUGAAACCUGCAUUUGAAGAAGCAGACUUUCAUUCGUUGAACGGAGCAGUGUGUGGCGUUGUUGGACCAGGUUAA